CGUUUCAUGUGUUUUUUCUGGAUCUAGAUCUGGCACUCUCUGUGCUGCCGAGCUGCCGAGCUUGUAACUCAAAACAUCACGUGGGGUCGUUGUUUUUUGUAGUAGUAGAUUAGAGGUAGGAAUAGAUUCGGUGGAGUGAUUUGCUUGAUGGAUUGAGUUGGGUUGUGGUGACAGUGAGAUGUGAGCUUUGGGACUCUGAGUUUGUUCAUGGGUGAGGGGCCUUUUGGGUUUUGGUUCAGUUGUAGGGGAUUUGUUGGGAGAGGAGUGAGAGAAUACGUCUUGCUCCGCAUAUAAUCGAUUUGGUAGAUGGACAAUGUGGAUGCCUUUGGGCCUACGCUUUAGUUGAGGGGUGUACAUCUUGAGGAGUGCCAUGGUUUCUGGUUUGGCAACGUGCGUUGCAAUCCUAUUGCGAGGUGGUCUGCACAUGCAGGCUAUCGCGUGCUGAUUUGGUAUGCAGUAGCUUCGGCGGUUUGGAAAUGAAGAUUGAAGAUUGAUCCCGUGCUUGGUUUUUUCAGAAGAGGGAUGGAGUCAUGGUAGAGAGGAAAUCAGUGUAUGAAGGAAGCGAGAUCGAAGGCGUAAUUUUAUUCCUCUACUAGAUUAUUCAUUUAUUUCCUUCUUAGGUUCAAAUUUAUGACCAAUUAGACACAUAUUUUGUUGUCACCGAUAUCCUCAUGCCUGGUGUGAUUAUCAUCACCUUUGUUGCAAAGAAGGUCCACUUACACAGCAAGUCCCAGGAAGGCAAAUGUAGCAUGUGAAUGUGGAAGAAGAGACAACAGUAGUCCGGAAGAAGCAGCUUGUUGCCUUCUUCAAAGACUUGCGUUGUCCGCCAUAAUCGUUUUGUGCUGCGGUGCCGAUCGGUUUCUGCAACAGUCUAAGUGAUCCGCACGUUGAUGAGGCAUCGAAGCAGGAGUUAGUUAUGAAGGAUUUUCAAAAGGUGACGACCAGCGACAACAAAGAUCUCGAGCUUAUGGCUCUAAGGGAAGGAGUUCCACAACAUUCGGACUCAAUAUUAUACAAAAGUAAUAACUGUACAAAUGAGCUUGUGCGUCCCCCUAUGCAAUCCUGCUGCAUCACGACAUUCAGUCUAGGAAGCUGGAUCUGCAAAUUUCCAGCACAUUUAUGUGGACGUAUGUGUCCUGUUUUGUUCGGAACUAAGCUGAACUGUCUGCUACUCUGUGUCCCCUUCGCGGUAAUUGGUGUCUCAUUCGGAAUACUCGGACAUAGCUGGGUUUUUCUGCUGAGUUUACUAGGAAUGAUGCCCUUGGCUGAGCGACUAGGUUUCGUCACCGAGCAACUGUCUUGUUGUACUGGUGCAACAGUUGGAGGUCUCCUGAAUGCGACCUUUGGAAAUGCAACUGAAGUGAUUAUUUGUGUCAUGGCUCUCCGGAAGAACAUGAUACGAGUUGUACAAUUAUCACUUCUAGGUUCCAUACUGUCCAACAUGCUGCUUGUUUUAGGGUGCGCUUUUUUCUUUGGAGGCCUGAAGCAUCCCCAAACGGAUCAGAAGUUCAACAAGGUUACGGCUCAGGUUAGCGCCAGUUUGUUAUUAAUGGCUGUCAUGGGUCUUCUGUUUCCUGUUGUACUUCAUGCUACUGGUACCGAGCUUCAAAUGGGGAAGUCUGAGCUGGUUUUAUCUAGAUUUAGCAGCAUUGUCAUGCUCGUGGCCUACAUAGCCUAUUUAUAUUUCCAACUUAAGAGCCACAAAGAGCUUUAUGACUCAGAGGAGGAUUGUGGCGGGAACGAUGCUGUUUCUGACGACGAUGAGGCUGUGCUGGAUUUCUGGACUUCAAUUGCCUGGCUCACUGUUUUGACCAUCUUUAUUUCUAUAUUGUCAGAAUAUCUUGUUGAUGCCAUCGAGGGUACUUCAAGCUCUUGGAACGUACCCAUUGCAUUUAUAAGUGUAAUCUUAUUGCCGAUUGUUGGGAAUGCAGCAGAGCAUGCAAGCGCCGUUAUGUUUGCUCUCAAAGAUAAGCUGGAUAUUUCGCUUGGAGUGGCCAUCGGUUCUUCCACUCAGAUCUCCAUGUUCGUGAUUCCUUUUUGUGUUGUCAUUGGAUGGCCCAUGGGGACCCACAUGGACCUGAAUUUUGAACUGUUUGAGACGGCAACUCUAUUCAUAACAGUUCUGGUGGUUGCCUUGAUGCUUCAAGAGGGCACAUCAAAUUACUUCAAGGGCUUGAUGUUGAUUCUUUGCUACUUGAUUGUUGGAGCCAGCUUCUUUGUUCACGUUGACACUCCAGACGAGCAUUCUGGAACUUGAAGAUUUCGAAAUACUACGGUCGAAGUUGCUGUUAUUCAAUGGCCAUGUUGUCUAGAAUGACACCGCUCCUCCAGCACGGCUCCUACACAAGCAGAGGAGCUAGCCAUUUUUGCGGCCUUUGUAUUAUAUGGUCUCAGUGCACCAAGUGUCCGCUGAAACUAGUUCUCUUAAUGUCCAGUUCAUAAACAAUUGUUUUUCAGUUUUCAAGCCCCAUGUGUCUACUCGUCUGGGACGAUCAAAUAGCUGUCCCACAUGGUGUCUGUCCUGACACUACUUUCUGCUAGCAUUCUGCUUUAGAGAAAUGGAGUUACUUGUUGUUGAAGCAGAGCAAUGUGGAUUGUAUUGCACUACCAUUAUGAAGAGCUGAGAUUUCCAGCCACCGUGCUCAGCCAAAAUUGAAGCUGGUAUCGAGAAAUGAAAACAAGAUGUGAGAUUGUAGAUCUCACGUUUCCCAAUUUCCCUUUCCCUUCAA